ACUACGCCGAGACAGUGUGGUGGUGAGCCGGUGAUCGAUCUUGCAUCUUGCGAGCACACGGGAUUCCAGAUCGAUCGAGCUAUAGCUAGCUAGCUAAUUAGUUACCACGUACGAACGAGUACUUUACAACUCGAUCAGUUCAUCAAAUUAACUCGAUCAGUGGUUAAGUUUCGCACGACACACGCGCGCGGAUCGGAAGCCAUCAUGCAGAUGCAGGUGCUCACCGCUGCUUCUUCGCUCCCUCGCGCGACCUUGCUCCGGCCGGCGGCUGCCGAGCCAUGGCGCCAAUCUUUCCUGCAGCUGCAGGCUCGUCCAAUCCAGCGACCAGGUAUCAUGCUACACUGCAAGGCCCAGCUACAGGGGCAGGAAACGCGCGAGCGUCGUCAGCUCGACGACGAUGAACACGCUAGACCACCACAGGGCGGCGACGACGACGUCGCAGCAAGCACCAGCGAGCUACCCUACAUGAUCGAGUCCAUCAAAUCCAAGCUGAGGGCGGCCAGGAACAGCCUCGGCGAGACCACCGUCUCCGCCUACGACACGGCGUGGAUCGCGCUCGUCAACCGCCUCGACGGCGGCGGCGAGAGGAGCCCCCAGUUCCCGGAGGCCAUCGACUGGAUCGCCCGGAACCAGCUGCCCGACGGCUCGUGGGGCGACGCCGGCAUGUUCAUCGUCCAGGACCGGCUCAUCAACACGCUGGGCUGCGUCGUGGCGCUCGCGACGUGGGGCGUCCACGAGGAGCAGCGCGCGAGGGGCCUCGCCUACAUCCAGGACAACCUCUGGAGGCUCGGCGAGGACGACGAGGAGUGGAUGAUGGUCGGGUUCGAGAUCACCUUCCCCGUUCUCCUCGAGAAGGCCAAGAACCUGGGCCUGGACAUCAACUAUGAUGACCCUGCCUUGCAGGACAUAUAUGCCAAGAGACAAUUAAAGCUCGCAAAGAUUCCUAGAGAAGCACUGCAUGCUAGGCCGACCACCUUGCUCCAUAGCUUAGAGGGAAUGGAAAACUUGGACUGGGAAAGGUUGCUACAGUUCAAGUGUCCAGCUGGCUCCUUACAUUCCUCACCUGCUGCGUCAGCUUACGCUCUCAGCGAAACAGGUGACAAGGAGUUGCUCGAAUACCUGGAAACAGCCAUCAACAAUUUUGACGGUGGAGCACCAUGCACCUACCCUGUCGACAACUUUGACCGCUUAUGGUCGGUCGAUCGGUUGAGGCGGCUAGGAAUAUCGAGGUACUUCACGAGUGAGAUUGAAGAAUACUUGGAGUACGCCUACAGGCACCUGAGUCCAGAUGGCAUGAGCUACGGCGGGCUCUGUCCGGUCAAGGACAUCGACGACACGGCCAUGGCUUUCCGUCUCCUCCGUCUGCAUGGCUACAAUGUCUCAUCAUCGGUGUUCAAUCACUUCGAGAAGGACGGGGAGUACUUCUGCUUCGCGGGGCAGUCGAGCCAGUCGCUGACGGCGAUGUACAACUCCUACCGCGCCUCGCAGAUCGUCUUCCCCGGCGACGACGACGGCCUGGAGCAGCUCAGGGCCUACUGCCGCGCCUUCCUCGAGGAGCGGCGAGCCACCGGCAACCUCAUGGACAAGUGGGUCAUCGCCAAUGGCUUGCCCAGCGAGGUCGAGUACGCGCUGGAUUUCCCAUGGAAGGCAAGCUUGCCGCGAGUCGAGACGAGGGUGUAUCUGGAGCAGUACGGCGCUAGCGAGGACGCGUGGAUCGGCAAGGGACUCUACAGGAUGACCCUAGUCAACAACGACCUGUACCUUGAGGCGGCAAAGGCUGACUUCACCAACUUCCAGAGGCUCUCCCGGCUCGAGUGGCUCAGCCUGAAAAGGUGGUACAUCAGGAACAAUCUGCAAGCGCACGGCGUGACCGAACAGAGCGUGCUGAGAGCCUACUUCUUAGCCGCGGCGAACAUCUUCGAGCCCAACCGGGCGGCGGAACGCCUGGGAUGGGCUCGCACGGCGAUCCUCGCCGAGGCCAUCGCGUCACACCUCCGACAGUACAGUGCCAACGGCGCCGCCGACGGCAUGACAGAGAGGCUCAUCAGUGGACUCGCCAGCCACGACUGGGACUGGAGGGAAUCAAAGGAUUCAGCAGCGAGGAGCUUACUGUACGCACUUGAUGAGCUCAUCGACCUCCAUGCGUUCGGCAAUGCUUCUGACAGCCUACGUGAAGCGUGGAAGCAGUGGCUCAUGUCAUGGACAAACGAGAGCCAAGGAUCAACUGGUGGGGAUACCGCAUUGCUGCUAGUUCGCACAAUCGAGAUCUGCUCAGGACGGCACGGUUCAGCCGAGCAGAGCCUGAAGAACAGUGCAGACUACGCCAGGCUUGAGCAGAUCGCCUCUUCCAUGUGCAGCAAACUUGCCACCAAAAUUCUUGCUCAGAAUGGAGGAAGCAUGGACAACGUUGAGGGUAUAGACCAGGAAGUGGAUGUUGAGAUGAAAGAGCUGAUCCAGCGUGUCUACGGGAGCAGCAGCAACGAUGUCAGCAGCGUGACGAGGCAGACAUUUCUCGACGUGGUGAAGAGCUUUUGCUACGUCGCUCAUUGCUCGCCCGAAACAAUCGAUGGGCACAUCUCCAAGGUUUUGUUCGAGGAUGUCAAUUAGGAAAAUGGUUGACUACUAGAAAGGCAAUAAAAACAAGAGUUGUGUCUACCAGCAUGGCUCGUAAAGUGAUGACUGCGAAAAUUUUCUCAAAGUGAGAUGAAUUUAGUCGAUAUUUGUUUCACUUGAUGGUACACCAGAUACACAUGUUGUUAUAAGUUGUCUGAUAGCUAGUAUACUAUAUAUAUAUAUAUAUAUAUAUAUAUAUAUAUAUAUAUAUAUAUAUAUAUAUAUAUAUAUGAAUAUGUUCUGAAGUGAGACGUCAGCUAUAUGAAUUGUCUUAUUUCAGAACAAAACUUUGCACAUCGAUAUGCCAUUAAAAAUAAAUAUGUAAAUAUGUGAACCUUUUUUUC